UUGAACGUCAAACGCGAAGCAAAACAAACAAACGGUGUAUUUUUUUUGUCUUGUAGCUUUAUUAUAAAAAUUAAAUCAGAAAAUGUUAUAUUCUUUUCAUUAAAUCAAGUAAUUUAUACUAAUAAACAUGGAAGAAUUGUGCGCUGCAUGUUUAUGUGCCGAUCGAAAAAUGGUCUGCGCUAAGGAUACGGGUGUUUUUUAUGUUUAUAAAGAAAUCCUGAAUGAAAUUUUGAUCCCUAAGGAUAUUCUGGAGAUCACAAAGAUAUGUUGGGAGUGUGAAGCGCUGCUCCGCAGGUACAAACAGUUUCGACAGCAAGUGAUUGAAUGUCACACGGAGCUGCUCAACUGUCUUCACCAAGAUCCAUUAGCUAAGUGCAGCAGCAGACAGUCCCAUAUACAGACACACAAGUUGUUUGACAUCAGCUGUUCCCUCGCCCCACAACAUGUUAAAACAGAGAUGAAAGAGGAGGAGGACGGAGUGCACUGUGAGCCGGAGACCUUUGCUGAUGAUCUUGUUGAAGUCAAGCUUCCUAAGAAGAUUAAGAAGAAAUCUAAAAAGCCCCACCGCAGCAAACGGAAACGGAAGCGAGUGACGGAUGACGUCAUCAACGACGGGCUCAGCGAUAAAGAUGACGUCGUGAACGGCGUCGCUAGUGACAGGGACGACGUUGUUAGCAACGGGGGUGGAGUGGCAACAGUGACGGAGCAGGAGCCCGGCGAUGUGAAGAGAGAAGUGCGGGCUGAUGAAGAGUUGCAGGCGGCGGGUGACGCCGUGCCGGAGACGAAGGUGGCCAAGAGGGAGCGCAGCAGGGAGGUGCUGCCGGAGAAGCCGCAGUGUGUGGAGUGCGGGAAGAUGUUCAGCUCGCGGAAGACGUACCGCUAUCACAUCAACGUGCUGCACAAGGGCCAGAACCGGCACCCGUGUCCGCGCUGCGGGAAGGUGUACCACUGGAAGUCGAACCUGGGCCGACACAUGCGAAGCCACCAGGCGGUCGAGGACGGUGAGCUGUACUGCGGGCCGUGCGACAAGUCGUUCGCGUCCAUCGCCACCUACCGCCAGCACCUCAAGCUGUCCAAGCAGCACGUGUCCGAGGACGACUUCAGUUUCAGCUGCGACCACUGCGGCAAGAAGUUCGUGAACAAAACCCGGCUGCGGGACCACAUCGACUGGGAGCACCUGCGGAAGAUCAAGUUCCGCUGCGAGCUGUGUGACAAGCCGUUCAAGUGUCACACGUCGCUGUACGUGCACCGGCAGAGCGUGCACGGCGCGAGGGACGUGCGGGACAACCUGUGUCACGUGUGCGGGAAGAGCUACCACAACGCGGCCAAGCUUAAGUACCACAUCGUGGCGAUGCACACGAGUGAGACUCCGUUCCGCUGCGCCCACUGCAGCGCCUCGUUCGGCUGGUACUCCAGCCUGUACCGGCACGUACGUCUGCUGCAUUACAAGUUGCCGGGUAAAGUGAAGAAAGGCAGGAAGACGAAGCCGGUGGAGGAAGAGCAACCUGACGUGCCAACCGGCGCCGCCUACACCUAGUGUGUGUGUGUGUGUGUGGGGGGGGGGGGGGGUAUGGACAGGUCGAUAACAAUCAGUCACAGUAUGAUGUGAGCGGGCAGGACGCCGGUCACGUUACUGAGUCGUGGACUGUCUUAUGCUGCUGACUGUAACCACACUAGUUUCCACACCGGACCGACCACAUACAUACUCCCUCCCAACUAUAAGUAUUUGCAUAUCUUCUUUUCGUAUCAAUACUUUCAUACAUGGGGAGCAUUAACAUGAUUCGUUUUCAGUACAACCGCAACUUCAAAUAAGAAAUUUCUAGAACUGACACAGUUGUGUUAAAACAUUUCGCUUCACAGACAACUUACAGACCCACCAUAGUAGUGAUUUAGUAUUAACAGGAUCCAAUAACGCGUCAAUAUUUCGUAUAUGUAGGUAUAUAUCAAUCAAAAUAUUACACUUGAACCUUAAGUGUUUUUGAACUAAGCUGCUGUUGAAAUCAAAAAUAUGGCGAUCAUUUUUCGCUAGGAGACAAGUCCCUCAAUAUCCGGGGCGUUUCAAGCUUAGUAGUAAUGUUUGUAUGUAUGUAUCGGCCAUUUUUGUACGAGCGAUACUUCACUCUACUUCCACACCUCCAUUUAAAAAUUAUUUUAGUGAAUGUGACGUCAUCCCUGCCCCUCCAUUUAAAAAUUAUUUUAGUGAAUGUGACGUCAUCCCUGCAUCUGAUCAUGUCCAAAUUAAGUAUUAUUAUUGUGUUUAUUAUUUGAAAUUGAAAUUGAUGUAAAUAAAAUAAUAAUUUAUGUACCAAUAAAGGUUGUGUCAUCAAAAA